GCAAUAGUGCAUGCAAGGUUUCUUUGACAUUGCUCUUUCAAGUAUUUAAAUCCAGCCCUCUCAGAUUUGAAAGCCUUCUCAUUACAACUCCAACAUCAGCCAAAAAAGAACGCAAUGACAGAAAACUACGUACCUCCCAACCAGCAGCGCAACCUUCGCGCAUGCAUGGUCUGCUCAAUCGUCAUGACCCAAAACGUACGCAGCAGCAUCUUCCUUGCCUUUAUAUUCCUGCCAUCUAUCCACGCAGUGCCAAAGACUAACAUACAUAUUUGCAGCGCUUUAUGCGAGAAGGAUGUCCCAACUGCGAAGACUUUCUACAUUUGCAAGGAUCCAUGGAAGCGAUUAUCGACUGCACAUCCCAAGUAUUCGAGGGUCUCAUUACGCUGGCCGAUCCAUCUAAAUCGUGGGUUGCGAAAUGGCAGAGGUUGGAUGGAUAUGUGAGAGGGGUGUACGCGACGAAGGUUAGUGGGCAGUUACCGGAAGAGAUUGUAUCGACGAUGGAGGAGGAGGCGAGGGUUAAAUAUAUUCCGUAAGUGGAUCUGCGCUGGGAAAGAUGGGCAAACCAUGAAGCUAAUAUAAGAUUAGGAGAGAUGGGAGUGCUACAGAAGCUGAUUGAGAAUAUUUUGGGCGAUGGCAUGCAAGUGAAGGUAAGGAUACUUUUACUGUUCUUGGUACCGCGAGUUGAUGAUACGUCUGUAUGAUGUUUUGCAAUUUAUAAAGUACUUGCUACUUCAGAGCCUGGGAGACCAAUCCAUGAGACAACUAACACCACUGCCCUGAAAAGAAGUCUCUAUAACUCGUCAUGUACAGAACAAUUUCAAGGCUGUGGUCAUUCUGAACUUUACUAAUUACCAUUAGGUCAGCUACUAUGUUUUAUGGGACGGGAAUUUGGGUCGCGACACGGUGCAUGAUUUCCUAGGUGCUAAGGAGUUAAAGGGAGUUCAGAUAUGGAAACAGCUACAGAGAAAGGGCACCAAGCUUUGAAGCAUUAUUCGAAUCAGACCAUCAUGACUUGCUUGGUACAUUACAACAAAAUUGAUUUCAAAACAUUUUGUGGAACAAACUAUUAGGCUUCAAUAGGGCCCAGCACGAUCACGGACUGGCACAGUCAACGGUGGGAACGUGGAACAGCUUGAGAAAUAGAAAUUUCUUGACUUAGUUCUUCUAUAGAUGCAAGUGGUAUCAAACAUAACGC